AUGGGCACGCAACUCCCUUCCAAGAGCGACUUCCUCACGACCAGCGUCCAGCCCGCCACGUGCUCCCUCUGCAGCGAACCCUAUGACUCCGAGGACCAUAGCGGUGUGGAGCUAUCCCUCUGCGGCCAUCAAUUCUGUCGAUUGUGCCUGGAUAAGUGGUUCGAGAAGGCGAACACGUGUCCGAAUUGCCGAACUGAGCUGUUCGAGAAACCCGACCGGGCAAAGCACUCCGACGGUGUGCUUAUUCACGUUCCUCCCCGCCACCCGGACGUCGAAUAUCUCCCCCGAGGUCGUCACUCCAGAGAGCAAUCCCCUAUUCGAAGGCACCCGUUUACAGCUUUCGAAAUUGGGCCGUAUGGGUCUGGUUACGCGACUGCCGGACAGUAUCCCCCUAGAGCACAGGCCUCUGCUUCACGCUCCGAAAUCCCAUCAAUUUCACUUGCAGCGACGAGUUCAGUCCAGACCGGCCGGACGAUUCCAGGGACUACUAUGUCGCGGACUUCGACUGUGGCGUCGAACCCUCGCAUCGCAACACCGGAGGUGACCCGCCCCGGCGCGCAAGCUACGGAGCAGUCACCGGGGUGGUUCGAGGGCGUUCGUCGCGGCGCAAGGAAAGUAGAGGAGUUCGUUGGAUGGGUCGUUGGCCUCCUCAUCAUUCUGAUUUAUGCUUGGCUCGGGAUUCUAGCCAUCAUUACCUGUGCUGCACUGAUGGGUUACUAG